UAAAUGUAACCAACAGACAAAAUCGAUCGCGUCACGUUCACCAAAAUUCUGCAAGCAGAUAUCUGAAACUUGUUUUCCACGCAAACAAUAUUCAUUAAUAAUAAAGGUUGGUUACAACGUUAUCCCCGUUUUUAUCAGUCUGGACGCAGAUGCAGUCUCAUUGAGCUAUUUAUACCAGUCGUGACUCCGGAGUUUGGCCCAACGCAUGUCUGUGAAUCGUGAUAAACAAAGUAAAAUUGUGCCAUACAAAACUGGCUAAGAUGAAGAUCCGCAUUGAAGAUGUCUGCCUUGCCCUGGCCAUCGUAAAUGCAAUCACCACAGGACUGGCCCUGUUGGGGAGCAUUGUCUUGAUGUUUAUAUUCAUCACCAGAGUUCUAAGCGCUCCUAAGUAUCCUGGUGUAGGAGAAGAAAUAUAUGACGAUGAUCGCAGCAGUCAAGAAAUAUAUCAAAGAGUGUUCGUAUCAAAUGAGGCCGUAUUCAACACGUUUUUUGGGACCUUUAUUGCCGUAUUGGUGUUGGCUUCACUUAUCUCUUUCAUCUUCGCUGUGCUCCUCUGCAAUGGAAUUUCCAAGCGCCAGCCAGGGCAAGUAAAGGCCUACUUCAUCUACGGCGUUAUUACGACAGCCAUGGCGGCCCACGUCACAGCCGCUAUACUGUUCGAUGGUCGUGACCAGCAGACCGGCCUGCUGUCGCUGCUCGGCUGUGUUCUCCAGUCACUGUUUCUCGUGCUAAUCUACAAGACAUACACGAAGUUGGGCAGAGAGGCGAUGUUCAAGAAUCACUCCCGUCUGAUAGAGAGCUAAUUAUAGGCGGUUAUUAUAAUAAGUCCGCCUUAAGGAUGACUCACGCUUGACUGGGCCGGGGCCGGGCCGGAGCUUCCGGCGCUUCGUUUUCCAUGGAACGUAAAACAACGUGAUCACCGAUCAGCCGUCAUAUAAAUGACGUGACGGACGCCUCGCACGUGCCCGGGCCGGUUUAGCGUGAGUCAUCCUUUAUAGCACAGAAAAUGUAACUGCUUUCUUAUAUCGGGGCCUAGCCAAGAUGACGAUCGUUGAUAGAAAACGCCAAUUGAAACUUAAUGUAUGAAAAUAGUCACGUGACUUUUCGUAGUAUUCCUCGUUUGGCGUUUGUACGAUUGUGCACAAGUCAUCUUGGCUAAGCCCCCAAGAAUACACCCUGCAUCAUUGGCAAAUACGAGACUAGAUUGUUCUUGCUUCUUGAUUGGAUAGGUACGUAUAGAGGCAAAGAGAAUAUGAAAUAGAGGAGGAUUGUCAAAGAAAAUUUUGUAGCCACAAUAAAUUUACUGCCAUCUUUCGACACAUGAUUAAAAGUGGCAUCUUACCGGGCAUUAAAUUUUCUUUGACCAUCCACCUCUAUUUCAAAGUCUCUUUCUUUGUCAUAGAUAAAUUAAAAUACAUUACAAAUUAAGGUGAUUCGGUCCGAUUUUCUAUCGAAAUCAAUUAUUAUCUCCCCUUCAACUUGUAGCACUUUCUUUGCGUCGGUGGUUUAAAAAGUUCCAGUAUCAGAAAAGCUAGUUUUCUGGCUGAAAGGAUUGGCACUUAUUACAGCUGAACCACUUAGUUGUAAUUAUGUAAUACAUCCUGUCGUGUCAACGACAGGACGACAGGAGGACAGGACACACAAUCACACAUACCUAGUUGGAAAUUGCUGCACCGCCGACAAGAGCCCAGCCCGCGUAGCCAACAUGCCUGCAAGAAUCGCUAGCGCUCCGUAGAGUAGCGUAGUCAUCUCUCUCUAUCACUCUUCCAGAUUAGUGCGACAGUGACAGUUGCAUUUCGUUCGCUACGGAGCGUUAACGAUAGGCAUGUUGGCUAAGCUUUUGAGCAUAUGAUGUUGGGUCCUAUACAUAACAUUUACUUAGGUACCUAGAGACUGCCAAGUUCUUUAUUUUCUUUUCAUUUUAAUAAUAUAUGAUAUGUAAAAUUAGGUAGUACCACUACCAAGUAGUACUUAAUGUUAUUGUACCUUUGUACGCAAAUAAAACAUUAUCACUGAUUUA